AUGAUCAGUCUUCAAGUCGUGGUUUUAUCAGCGAUUUUUAUGCCGGUUAAUUCUGAGGUGGGUUACUGUAGCAAAAAAGACUUAAUUCUAUUUUGGUUACUGUAACAAAAAAAAAACUUUAUUUUGGUUACUUUAACAAAAAAAUAAAAUUAAUUUUGACUAAUGUAACAAAAAAAUAAAAUUAAUUUUGGUUACUGUAACAAAUAAAUUUAUUUUAGUUACUGUAACAAAAAAAUAAAAUUAAUUUUGAUUACUGUAACAAAAAUCUAAAUUUAUAUUGGUUACUGUAACAAAAAAAAUUUUAUUUUGGUUACUGUAACAAAAAAUAAAAUUUAUUUUGAUUACUGUAACAAAAAAAUAAAAUUAAUUUUGAUUACUGUAACAAAAAUCUAAAUUUAUUUUAGUUACUGUAACAAAAAAAAGUUUAUUUUGGUUACUGUAACAAAAUCUAAAUUUAUUUUGGUUACUGUAACAACAAAACAAAAUUAAUUUUGAUUACUGUAACAAAAUCUAAAUUAAUUUUGAUUACUGUAACAAAAAUCUAAAUUCUAUUUGGUUACUGUAACAAAAAAACUUAUUUUGGUUACUGUAACAAAAGGUCAAGUUGUUUUUAGACCGACUGCGGCACCACUUGCCAAACGUAUCCUUGUCUGGAAAAACGGGCUCAAUGCGGUCCGGAUGGAUAUUUAAUCGGGUAUGGGGAGAGAAAUUGCGAGAAUUUCAUUGAUCCCGAGCUCUACAGCAAUUUUAACGCCAAAGGAAAGGCUUUUAUCAAUUGCACGAUGGUCUGUCUGACUCAAUAUUUGGAAGAGUAUUUUUCGGUAAGCCUAAGUUAUAGUGCACUGUACAAAAAUUCAUUUUUUUGGGGGUUUAUUGCACAGUGCGACAGAAAAUUUCGAAAAUUUGCACUGUGCUGUCAAAAAACAAAUUUUGCACUGUGCGGCAUCAAAAUUUUUUUUUGCACCGUGCAGGUCCAAUUGGCAAAAAUUUUGCGACAAAAAGAAUUUCGCACUGUGCAGUCAAAGAAAUAAAUUUCGCACCGUGCGAUCAAAAAAAAAAAAAAAGAAAAAUUUGCACUGUGCAAAAUAAAAAUUGCACUGCGCAAUCAAAAAAAAAAUCGGAAAUUUUAUUCUUCGCACAGUGCAAAGGAAACUUUUAUAUUUUUGCACCGUGCGAUCGGAAAUUUGUAUUUCUUGGACAGUGCAAAAUACGCCUUCGCCUUUCUUUGCACUGUGCAAUGAAAAAGUCAGUUUCGCACUGUGCGGCAUCAAAAAUUUUUUUUGCACUGUGCAAAUCGAAAAAAAAGAAAAAUUUGCACCGUGGGAAAAAAAUCGUUUUUUGCACCGUGCAAAGACCGUGCGAUUGGAAAUUUUUAUUUUUUUUUGCACAGUGCAAAGGAAACUUAUAUUUUUGCACUGUGCAACGAAAAAAAGCCAAUUUCGCACCGUGCAAUCAGAAAAGAGCCCAAUUUUUCCCUCUAAAAUUUCAAUUUCAGAACCGCACCACAAUUGAUUGUGACCAACUCACCAACGAUGCCUUCCAAAGCCACGUUCAGUGUUAUCUAGGCUGUGGAUUUUGCCAUGUUUGGUUCUCAAAUUUGAUCGCAUUUUCAAAAGUCUUCAACGUCUCCGAUUUCCUAACCAAACGAGCUUUCAAGACGGUCACAAAGACUGCCGUCGGAUGCUUGGGGUAG